AUCUUUGAGCAGUGUCGAAUAACUUGCAAAUAACUCAGCGUCAACAAGGCCAUUCAAGUGACGUUACUUACCCGUUCCUAUGCCAGAAAGCAGUUGUAAUUCCACUCAAAAAGAGUCUGCCUACAAUGAAGUCGCUAAACUGGUCCCACUAUCGAUGGCUAUUGUGGCAACAAACUUGUUAGUACUUGUUCUUUUUCGGAAAAGGCGAUAUCUGCAAACACUAUCAAACUUUCCUUUGCUUAGUCUUGCCGUAUGUGACUUCAUAACAGGAUUUGUGAACAUACCCUUGCUAAUCAUAUUCAUGCUUAUCCCAACGAUGGAAAUUGACAACCCAAAAAAGAUGAUAUCAAACUUGAGUUACUCCAUGUUGGUUACUCAUGCAUUUACUUCUACGGCAACUGUAUAUCACAUUUUACUCGUGAUAACUGACAAGUAUUUUGCCAUUAAGUGGCCUCUGAAACAUCGUUUGCUCACCAAGAAAAACAUGUUAGCAUCGUUAGCAGUCGUCUGGCUGUUGUCUAUUAUCAUUGCCUUAAUUCCAGUUUCUUGGAUAAACGUAAGUCAAAAACCCAUUGGAAGAAAGUUGAUGGUGUACUAUGGGAUAUUUUGUCUCGUGUUUGUGUUCUCCUGUUCAUACCUCUUUAUAGUGUACACGUUAGUGGUGAUGUUCAGAAUCAUAUCUGGAAAAGCCAAACAGAAAGAUUCAACACUGCCUAGACGCAAUAGCCGUAACUUUGAAGUUAUAAAGAGCAAACGUCGUGUAUCCAUUAUUUUUGCUGUGAUGGCCACGGUCUUCGCGGUAUGUUGGCUUCCAUGGUUUAUGCUCACGUUGUUAGUCAAUCUACGAGUGCAGAUAGGGAACCUAGAAUACUUCACGGAGUGGUUUGUACCAUUUAGAUACGUCAACUCUAUCAUAAAUCCAUUGCUUUAUACAUUCUUUAAGCUAGACUUUCGUCAGGCUUUUAAAGAAACGGUGUGGAACAAAAUCGUUUGCAAGCCUUCUUUCAAUCCGAGGGCGACAAUUAUGAAGUGGCGAAGGCGUUCGUUUCGGCUGAAGAAGGAUUGUGAAAGAAACAAAAACAAAACAGCUGUAUCUGUGUUAGAACGAGGGAAUGAUGGAAAUUCUGUAUUUAAUAGCUACGUUCACUAUGUUUCGUCUGUGUGAACGACGCAUGCUGUCCGAGAGAUGUAGGUGACAAUACGGUAAUAGUGUAUAGAGAUAUAGUCAGAACAGCGUUUAGAAUGAAAAAUAAUCGCAUCAACACUUGUUUGUGCUAUGUAUUUCACUUUUAAUUACCCUGCCGAAUGUUGAUUUUAAGUUCAGUGAUGGCCUCCCAAAAUUUUUUAUCAUUCUUAUGCUGACUUGUCUUACAACUUAUUGCCAUUAAAGUACGACAUAGUUGCCGAAUAGUAUAAACUAUCACUAUUACUACAACAACUAUGUAGUCUGUCGGCUCGACAAUGACUAGUUCAUAGUUCUGGCUCUGAUCAGGUUCCUCCAAGUAUAAACCAAAGUUGAUAUUAAAUGGUUUGUUUCUAA